CUGAAUAGUUCUAUUUUCGGCAUCUUAUUAUUAUAAUAUAGUUAAUAGUUAAUAUAACUAUAAUUAAAAAAAUUUGAAUUAGAAAAAUGUUAAUAAACGAAAAUAUUGUUAGAAGAAGGAAAAGAAAUAGAAAUGAAAUUUUUUGGAUACAAAACAUAAGAAAAUGUCAAAGAAAUAGGGGAGAAGAGUACACUUCUGUUUCUGGAAAAUUCACUGUCCUUCAAAAGAAGCUAAUUAACAAUGAAUCUCUUCAAAAUAAUUCGGGAAGACACAAUAAUCACGUUACUCGAUAUACUUGUAAUUUGAAACAGCUUAUUCGCGAACACUGUUUGUCUAUUCCUCAUUCUCAGUCUCACUACAGUCUAGGAAAAUCGAGUCGUCUUUAUUUUGAAAAUUCAGAGUUGACUUUAACAAAAUUGUAUUUAUUAUUUGUUGAAUAUUAUACGAAUAAGAUUGGGAAAGCGCCACCAAUAACACAGAAAUCAUAUUGCAAUUAUUUUAAUAAGAAUUUAAAUUUUUCUUUCUCCAAACCAAAAACAGACGUUUGCAAUUUAUGUUUCGAAUUUAAAAUUGUUGACGACAUUAAUGAGGAUUUUUACUGUCAUAAACAAAGUGUGGAAGAAUAUAAACUUUUAAAAAAUACUAUCUUAUCAGAAAAAAAUCUUUUAUGUAUGGAAUUUGAUUUCGGUCAAAAUUUAGCUCUACCAAAACUUCCUGUCACUGAGCAGUUUUAUAAGCGACUAAUUUGGCUUCACAUUUUUAAUGCAAACGUUUUUGGCAGACAUAAAAGGAGUUAUAUGUAUAGUUUUUAGAAGGCAAUUUAAAAAAAGGUGGAAACACGGUGUGUAAUUUUCUUUUUGACUCCAUCCAACGUGAACUUGAUAUAAGUUGUUAUGAUAAAAUUUAUCUAUUUUCUGACAGCUGUGGUGGACAAAAUAAAAAUUACUUAAUAUUAUCCUUUUUAUCUUUACUUUCAAAAAAAUUACAACUAGAAAUUCAGCACAUAUAUCCUGUUCGGGGUCAUUCCUAUUGUUCGUGCGAUAGGAAUUUUGGUAUGUACGGUAUAAAGAAAAAGAAAGUGGAAACAAUCGAAAACUUUUGAGGAUAAUCUUAAAAUAAUUAAAAGCGCAAGAAAUCCUCCUUUUACACUUAUUAAAGAUGCCGAUAUUAGAAUGCAUGAUUUUAAAGUUUUCCACCCAAAUGAUAUAAAUGUACCAAAGAACAUGAAAAUUAGCGAAUCAGUAAAAAUAACUUAUUUUCCAAAUGGCGAAAUUGAACAAUUUAAAAGUUACAAUCAAAAACCAUUUCAAUAUAAAUUAACUUCUGAUCUUGAAUUGGAUAACUUGUUAAACAUUUCUUGCCCUCCCAAAGUUGGAAUCAGCAAAGAAAAAAUUAAAGAUGUACAGUCUUUAAUUAAAUACUUAAGUCCUAAGGGCAAACAGUUUUUUAAUGAUUUAUUUGAUAAGUCAAUAAUAAAACCAACAAAAUCUCAUAUAAAAUGAAAAAAAUAUAGUUAAAAUUCUUUCAAAAAGAAUUGAGAAACAUUCAGAAAAUUAAUAGAAAUUUACUAUUAAGUGCUUUAAAAGCAUUAUUUCAAAAUUUAAUUGAAAUUGAAAAUAUUUAUUUAUAUGUUAAUUGUAUGCGUAUGUAAACGUAAUUAAAGAUGCCUGAAAAAAAUGUAUUCAUAAUAAUAUUGUAACUUAGAAAUUACUUAAAUAAUUCUCUGUAUAAAACAACCUUAAAAGUUAUUACUUGAAUGUGUGAUAAGAAUGUUUUAUGUUCUUCUUAUAAAUGUUUUAAAAUAUUAAAAACAUUCAAUC